AUGAUCUUUACUUAUUUACAAAAUAAUUUGCAAAAUAGCCAAUUAAAGAAAAACUCUUUAAAUUUAUUUAUUAACAGUAUUUGUUUAAAAAAUAAGCGUUAUAUUAUAAUUAAUAGGAAUUACAAAAAUAUAAUAUGUAAAAAUUUAAAAAAUGAUAAUUAUUCAUCUUUAAUGUUUUUUAGAAAUUUUUCUAUAUUUACUAAUUUUAUAAAUAAUAAAUAUCCUAAGCAAAAUGAAUCUAAAAUAAGAGAAAAUUUUACAAAUUAUCCUGAACAUAUGAAUAAAAAUGAAAAUAAGUAUGAUGAAGAUAAAAAGGAAAAAAGUUACGAAUUUUUAGAAAAUGAAAAUAACUUAUUGGUUGAAAAAAACAAGCUUGAUAAUAAUAGUUUGUUAAACGACAAAAAAAAAUUAGAAGGAACAGAAGAAGAAUACUAUAAUAAUGAUUCAUUCACACAUUUUAUAAUUGAAAAAUGUAAGAAUAAUGCAAGAAAUGAUGAAGAUAUUUAUGAAGAUACAUGGUAUGUUAGAUUAAUAUAUGAAUUAUUAAAUUGUACAAAAAUCAUACUUGAUUGUUCAUGGAUGACUUCCAUCAUAGCUACAACAAUUUUUAUGAGAAUAAUUAUUUUGCCAUUAACUAUAUCGGCAGAAAGAGAUAGAAGAAAACAAAAAAUUUUAAAUCCUUUAAUAAAAGAUUUAACAAAUAAAUUAAAAAUAAAUGCUCAAGAUGGAAAUAUAAAAAAAGCAUUAGAAUAUAAAAAAAGAAUUUUAAAUAUAAGAAAUACUCAUGGUAUUUCUUUAAUACCAAAAUCUAUCAUAUUAAUGACUUUUUUUCAAACCCCAUUGUUUUGUAUUUUUUAUUUUUCUAUGAAAAAAAUGUCAUCAUAUCCUGAUAUUUUUAAGGAUUUUACUUUUGAAUCACCCCUAUGGUUAGAUAGUUUAUCUUUACCAGAUCCUUAUUAUAUCCUACCAUUUUUAUCUUCAUUAUUAUUAUUAUCAAACAAUGAGUUAACCUCAUUAAUUGAUAAAAAUAUAAAUAAUAAUAAUCAAAAUAAACUUUAUUUAGAAGAAAGUGAAUUUCAAAAAAAUAUUAGAAAAGCUACAAAAAUAGGUAUGAGGUUAUUUUAUAUUUCAUCAGUGUUCUUUUUUAAAUCUAUGCCUUCAGGAUUAUUUAUUUAUUUUAUCACUAAUACUUUCUUUCAAUUAUUUAUUACACAAAUAUGUAAAGUUAAAUUUGUAGAAAGAUUUUUAGAUUUGCCACCGUUACAUUCCAAAGGUUUCUCUUUUGAUAAUGAUGAUAAUCAUAAUAAUUUGAAAAAAAAUAAUAUUCAUAUGGAUGAUCUUCUUAAAAAUAAAACAAAAUAA